CACCGGUUCGACUGCACGUUGUCGUCCUCGUAAGUACAUUUUUUAGUUUUGAUACUUAAAUGAUACCUGACGUUGUAAAUUAUUCAUCCCGGUUUGGAAACAAUUGAUUUGAGAAUCCGUUCAGAGGUUCUGCAUUGUGGUAGCUUGUCAUGUUGGUUAUAUUAAGGGUUUCUUUUUUUCACUUAUUGUUCAAAGGUACGUGCCGUGCUUGUACGCGGGAACGAAGAAUAAGUUCGUGAACGAUUGUUUUAAAGGUUGAUUUUGUGAGGAGUAUUCCCGUUCGUACUUAUCUUUUCAGUGAGUUAACUCGCGCGGUCUUCAACUCUAAUUCGACCAACACAUUUUGUACACAAAGUCGAACUGAUUGACCCUGAUCUCAAACUACAAUUUUGUAGAUUUCGUGACAAUCUGUGAGAGUUCAUGAUCAUCUAAUCAAUAUUAGCUUAAAACGUAUGUUUGUUUGUUAUAAUUGCUUUAACUGAAAGAGAUGUGGAAGUUACGGGGUUGAAAAACAUUACAUCUUUUAGUAGUGCAUGUAUUUUAACAGCAAGUUGACCUUGCUCAGUCUGCAGAGCUGAGCUAGAGCCCGGGGGGGGCACUUGGGUAUUUUUUGGGUGGGUAUGUGCCGCCCGGGACGUACCCCGUACGCGUUUGAUGUACAACCAAAAUCCCGCUUUAAAAAUAGCCAAUUUUUAUACUCAGUUCUAAAAAGAGUAUGAACCAUAUUUUUAAACGUAGUCUGACCUUAAAUAAUUUCAAAUGGCUGCUUACAAAACUGGACUGGACGCAUUAUACCCCGUUCUAUUCUGAAAUGGAUACCCCAUUCUAAAUCAGGAGCUUCAAAAUCACGACCCGUUGGGCGGCACAUACCCAUAUAGGUAAUGGUUUUCAACCUUGUGACUGGUUUUCAACCUUGUGACGAAGCAGUUUAGUUUUGUUGGUGGACAAAACAGUAAAAAGUUUUUUGCUGAGUUUGCAUUUUGAAUGGUUUUGUUGCUAGUGGUGGGAAAUGCUUUUGUUGUUGACUUCUCCAGCAUUAUAAGCUAAGUCAAAUCAGCUGAAAGCCAUUCAUGACAUGAAGGAACUCCAGCAGUUCAGUUUGCAUGCAAUGCUAUAUCAUUUUCAGAUUGCAUGCUAUGCUACUUGUAAGUGCCCCCCAUACAGGCCCAUAUACUUGUAAACAAGAAGAAAAAAAUUACAUCUGGUCAUAUAAGGCCCCCUUAUAUAAGCUUCCCUCUACCUUGUAAUGAAAUGUAUUCAAAUUUUAUGAAGUUUUGAAGCUUAAAAAAGCAUGUAAAUUUAAAAAGGAUUUUGAUCACCACUACUAUACCAUGGCUGCUGCCUAGUUACAAUGUAACUGGUGCCUGGUCGCCAGAGGCUCCUAAAAUUUGCUUGUGGGAGACUAAACUUUUGAGCAAGGAGCUCGCACGGGCCACCUAAAACUUAUGAUUCUUAUGGCAAAAGCCUCUAUGCCAACUUCCAAUGGACGAACAAGAAAAUUCCCUCCUCAUUGGUGCUUUUGAAAGGAAAACGUAAAACGCAUGGUCAUCGAGCGUAAGCAUAAAUUUUAGGCUGUUAAAGGUAAACAAACAAGCACUUGUCUUGAAAUUCACCUCUGUGACUUCCGCUGCAUUGCAGUUGAAGUUUCCUGUCAGAAAAAUAUCUCGAAUGAAUUUAAUGGACUUAGAAAAACUUUCGGUAUCAAAAUCAUGAUUUUUUCCCAGCAUUUUGCCUUGAGAACAGUUUAUAGGUUGCUUGUGUAUGCUUUUAACGUUGCGAUGCAUGUGCAAAAAGCAAUAGGUUUCAAAUUACACAUGACAUAUGCAAAUUUUACUUGCAUCCUACACAAAUAAAUUACAAUUGAAGUUUAGUGGGCUUCUAGAAAUGUGGCUCAGGCUCUCAAAAAAUUUUCAUAGGCAGCAGCCUUGUAUGUAACAAUAUUUUGCAAGUCCCUUUGUUUUAAGAGCUCCUAAAACCUCUUACGAAGUUGUAGAAGCCCAGAGCUUAUAAAAUAUAGCAUAAAAUACCUCUGCAUACCAACUAGCUAAUCUCUUUUGCAAUUAUCAUCAAUGGGUAAAAGUGAGUAUUAUUUAAACCAUCAUAUGUGACAUGCAGGGCUCUAAAUAACGCCCAGUCAACGAACAAUGUCCAGACUGAUUGGGGAGUUGACCAGUCAACCUUUGGACUUGCCGUUCAUAUUGAUCAGUCAGAUUUGAUCGUAUUGAAACUGAAAUAAAUUAAAAUUUCCAUGCUGUUCACUUGUUUCAGUUGUUAUCGGUAUGUAGAGAGUAGAUAUGUUUUGCAGAACUUUAAUCUGAAAUCCUGUCUGAAAUGCAAUUAGAACCGUUGUUUACAAUUCGGGCAUUGAAAGGGACAUUGGGGUUCACACACUUCCGGUUUCAAAAUUAAAAAUGGUUUCAUUUCUAUUAGUUAAUAAGCAACAACUUUUUUCAGGGCUUCUGUUACGUCGCAGGAUUUUCAGAGACAGAUUUUUUAAAACAUCAUGACUAGUGCCCAGUUUUUUGGAACAUAAUUUACGCCUGGUAGUUUUGGAAUGUUGUUUGCUCAUUGUGGUGAUGAAGUCUAUGGCAAUUAAGCUGAGAUAAGUUUCUAUUAUGUUUUAUUGUCUUGUAUUUGGUGAGAUUUCAACCUGAAUUUUGCGGCUCCACAACCUCGCGAAAUAUCAGAAGACAGGCUUGUUUUGGAAUAUGUAACCCCAGUUUUGGUUUAUGGGCCCUUGAUGUUUUAAGAGUUUUUUAUCUUAUAAAUUUGACUGGCCAGAAACAAUAUGUGACCGAGCGUAAAUGAAUUUGGCCAGUCAUCGUGUCCGGAGACUCUCUGGAAAUUAUUUUCAGCCCUGACAUGCAUGUCUUGGCUCAGUCAGAUCACAUGAAAUUUAAGUACCAUAUGAGGACAAAUGCACUUUUUAUGCAGGUUAAACUCAAACCUACCAGUGUCUUUAAAGAAGGGUUUGCAUGGGAAUUUUACCCUGCAUACAUGUCUUGUUUCAGUGCAUUCUUGGCGUUUUUUUUUCUUGAGCUGCAAUAAUACACCAAUGCAUCGGUGAAGCACAAUAAAUUUUUCUUCAUGAAUAUCGAUAUAUUUAAGACAAGUUACGGAGAUCUCAUGAUAAAGUAAAAUUUGACAAAUCAAAUGGGUGCAUGGAAUAAGGCCACAGUUCACUUAACUGAUCUAAUGUAAAACUGAACCCUUCCACAUGUUUGUUAAAAACUAAUGAAGAUAUUAUAGCACUGUAAAGUGGCCAAAUUUUACAGUUGUUUAUUUGGUGUUCAAAGGCAAGUUUGUGCUCCCUACCAUUCAAAUGUCUGCAAAAUUUUGCAAAUUUAUGGAGCAAUAUCUUUGCUCGCCUUUAACCUUGGUAAGUGUCCUAAUUGUAAGAUGCUUUUUUGAGCAGUUUCAAUGGACGUUAGCUAGCUUGUCUUUAUCAAAACUUAAAAAAAAUUGGAAGGUUUUAUUCCCACUUUGAUGCACAAGGGUAAUCAGGUUUUUCAUGAGAUUCUAAUCUUGGACCAUUAUUGCCGUCAUCCUUUUAAAUAAGGUGUGUCUGUGGUGAUAAUUUGACACCAAGCUCUUGGUCUUUCAGGCUCUAAAAAAUGGAGCACAGAAAUAGAGAAAGUGGUUCUUACAAUAUUCAAGCCUCUGUGGAUGAGUUGAAUUCAACUGGUCUAUCUGGAGAAGAAGGCAGAAAAGACAGUGGUUAUUACAGUCUGCCUACACGGCGAUAUACAACUAUGGUGCAGUUUCUGCUAUUUCUUGAUUUGACAUCAUCUGUUACUCUUUGGCUUUGUGGAGGAAACAAUGAUUAUAUGGAGAAAAAUGUGGAACAUUUCAAGAUAAGAGACUCGGUAUUUGACUUGGCUGCUAUGGCAUUUUUGAGAUGUGGUAUACUGUUUUUUGUUUAUCCUUGGCUUGAGAGCUUGACUUUGAAGCAAAUUGAUAAACCAUAUAACAGAGAAUUAGCAUCAAAGAAAUGUUUCUGCCAUUCUGUUGCUAUAUUCUUGAGUGUUGGAUCUCUUGCAUACAGCGUCACAAAAGGUGUUCUUAUCUAUGAAGUUAGAUCAGAAAAGGGACACAAGCUUCACCCAACAUACUAUGCUUUAGCUAUCAGCUCAGUUGCUUUUACUUUUCUGGAAGCCUUGUGUGCACUAGGCAGUUUUAUUGCUAUGCGGAAACUCAAAGUGCAAAGAAUUCUUCACGUCCCAAAUGAUGCUGAAACAAAGAAGAAGAAAAAGGUGAAUUUGAGGAGGCUGAUGACACUGGCAAAACCUGUAAGUUCCUCUUUUGGUUAUUUGAUUGGUUGUUACCUAUAAUUUAAACAUUUAAUGGAGUGGGCUUUAUUAAUCAAUGUCUCACCCCUAAACUGUGUCACAGUUAGACAUAAUCACAAGGUAGCUGUGAGGAAAAGUCUGUUCACAGAGGGUGGAAUAUAAUAAUAUUAUAUACUAAUUUGUAGGACAAAGGAAGAUUGAAGGAAAGAUUGAAGUGUACAUGAAUUGGUUUUCAAAAGGAUGUUUGACCCGUUCUACCUCAUAUAAUGUUUUCAUUUUUCUUAUUUUUAUAGUUAAUUUUCUGUAGUUAGUUAUUGUCAUUUAAUACCUGGCUAUAAGGUGCAAGUGGAAUUUUUGACGAUGUUCACCUUAACUACAAUAACACGCUUUCCAAUGACGCUGAUUACGGCCAUUGACCUUUGUGAACAAAGGCGAAAAAUAUAUGAACCUAGUAUAUGGCCUUGCUGUCCAUGAGUUCUCUGUAGCUCAGUGGAUAGGGUGCCCACCUGAAGUUUGGGAAGUCAUAGGUUUGAAUCCUGUCAGGGACUUCGAUUUUUUUUUUGUUCCACGCUCGUUUUCAUCUUCACAUUUGUUCACCGAGCCUAAAAUUUACCGUCUUUCAUUCUUUCACCAAAGGCGAAAAAGGUUAUAUAUUUUGAGCAAAAGCAAAAAAAUCACACCUGUGAACACAAAAGGCAUUGUUUUCUUAAAGGUCAAAUGAACCAAAAGUUCGACAUUUUUUAUUUUAGUUCAAUUCUAGUGAAAUAUGUUUAAUAUGAACCGAAUAAACAUACUAUGAAGUUUCAGCUCAAUUGAACCAAGCAUCUCUGAGAUAUUCGCAAUUAAAAAUUGUUAUUUUUUGGCCCUUACCUUCGUAGAGCGGUCGGAAAGAUUGUCGGUAAAAACAGCUUGUGACGAGUCGACUUGGCGCAGAAUUGGCCUUCAUGUGAGACACUGCUUCAUAUGGUGUCAUGUUGACAGCACGAUGACAAGUUAUGUUCAUGAUGUAGGUUGCUUGCAUUGCGUACUUGCACCAUGUGGAAAUUUGGAGACCAAAUGUGCACAUCAUCAAGUGUUUUUUUUUUUUGAAUGUACGAUUUGACCUGUUCCACUAGCCCUUGUGUUGUGGGAGUCCUGGCUGCUCCCUGGAGAAGUUGGAUUUGAUAAGUGCUACAAAAUGCUUUCAUUUUGUUGUUUUCUAAUUCACCUCCAUUAUCUGUUAUAUUUUUUGGCUGGUUAUAAGUUACACAAUACUUUUGAACUUCAUUCAGUACUUCGUCAGCAAGUUUCUUAUGGAUGGAGUGAACAUUGACAAACUUUGUGUGGUGAUCAAUAAUAUUGAUAGUCCACUUGUGCUUUGUUUCGCAUUCACAUGGACAAUUUCUGAAAUCUCUAAGGUCAACUUCAGUAAAGGAAAGGAAUGAUUCAGCUUGAAGAGGACUUACCAGUUAUGGUUUUCUGUUCUGCAGAGAAAACUGCAAAGAGAAACAAAAGUGUUCACAACUUUUUGUGUUAUUUUGGAAUAAUUUUCAGCAAUCCAUUUCUCAGUUUUUCGUCGCCCUCUGUGAGCAAUUUUAUGAUGCAUGUAUUCUAAAGUAUAUCAAAGAGCAUUCCUUGAUGUGCAAGAGGGGUUAGGAAGAGCUAGAUAUAGGAGGGGAAAGGCAGAACAAGGAGGGAGGGGUGGUUGGUGAGAUGAAAAAGAAAUGUUAAAAUAAAAUUUGCUUAUUUAAGUACUAAUUCUUUUUGAACAUGAGAACCCCGCCAAAAGCCAAGCCCUUAUUUUUCAACCACACCCCAAAAGAGGAAAGGUACUUUUUCAGCGGUGAGGCUAAAGUGCAGGUCACAGGCCACAGGUCAGGUUACAGGCCACAGGUCACAGGUCACAGGUCCGGUUACAGGUCACAAGCCACAGGUCAGGUCACAGGUCACACAAAAAAACAAUAGGACACUGGACAAAACUGUUCUGGACUGACGUUUUACUAUACAAAGAUAAAUCAAGCCAAGGAACCUUGAUGAUAUUUUUGUCCUUUAAACAAUAUUAAAUUCCACACAUGGAAUAAUAUUUUCUUGCUGAUCUUACGGCAUAUCCAAACUUCAUAACGAAAUCACAAAGGUGUGCAAAAUCAUGUGAUUUGUAUGAAAAACAAAUCACAUGUUUUUCACUGAAAACGAAGUGUUGUCGUGUUAUUAGAAUGUCAUCUCCAAAUAAACCGUGCAGCCAAGAUAACUUGGAGCGAGUCAUUGAAAUGCAGCACUGUGAUCCUUUGAUACAUUAGCAGUUUACAGAGUCAAAGAUUCAAGUUGUAAUGGAGGAAUGCUCCCACCUAAGGGCCACGAGGCAAAUCCAACAGAGGUUUUUCAAGCUGUUGUGCAAUAGAAUGUGAGAAAAUGGCAAGCUCUUGGGAGAAGAGCCGAGAAAUAUGGUCCAGCAACUAUUUGAGAGGCCCAAAUAGCAGUGUCUGAAGUUCUUAGCCGACUACACUUUAACACAGCAGUAUUUUGUGACUGGUACGAAGCGCGAGCAGCAGGCCACCAUCUUCAAAAGAGAUGGAAGACCGAUCUAGUAGCAAGAGGAGUUUAGGAUGAGGAAAGUCUGAAGAAAGUUGCCGUAUUUCAGUGGUCAAAUAAGUUUUAGACUGUCCUUACUUUGUUCUUCCGUUUUAUCGUCGAAUGCUUUUCAAAACAUCCACAAACACGUCAUGAUAUUCUUAAUGCAACAACCCUUCGUUUUGAGAUUCAUUUUUCUAACAUUUCACGUGAUUUUGCGUACCUUUGUGAUUUCGUUACCAAUUUUGGUUAUGCUGUAACGCAAGUCCUCCUUUCGUGAUAAACAUGAAUAUAUUUUCUCAUGUGUGGGAUUUGGUAAAGUUCAGAACAGAAAAAAAUAUAAUUGAGGUUCCUCGGCUUGUUUUGUUUUUGUAUAGUAAAAUGUCAAUCAAGAACAGUUUUGUCCAGUGUCCUAUUGUUUUUUUUGUGUGACCUGUGACCUGAACUGUGGCCUGUGACCUGUAACCUGACCUGUGACCUGGCCUGUGACCUGUGACCUGCACUUUAGCCCCGCCGCUUUUUCAGACAGUCGAUAAAAGAAGUGGUUUAAAAAUUUCUAACCAGUCUGAAAAAUUUGAACUGGUUUAAAAAAUUUAGAGUAAAGAAAAAAUUUAAACCACAACAUAUACACAAUGCAACUUCUAUGCUGAAAAAAAUAAACCAAAUGAAGAAAAUAUUGCUUGAUCCCUGACAGUGAAUUAUAAUGUAAUAAAUCAAAUGUCAAGUAAUUUCUAUUUUUGCCUUGUGUUUUUUUUUCAGGAGCUUUUAUUGCUUUUUGUUGCAUCUUUAGCUCUUUUAGCAUCAAGUGGAGCUCAGAUUACUGCUCCUUACUUUUUUGGAAAAGUUAUCAAAGCUUCAAUGGAAAAGGGCAUGUGUAAGUACUGUUUUAUUAAUUAAAAAGAAUAUUUUGGGUAUACACAGUGGGUACGGGUAGACCUUUUCUUCAUUGUAUGAUAAUUUAAAAAGAUAACGAUACAAAUGUAACUUUACUUAACUUAUCUCCUAAAUUGUUUAAACAGCAACCCUCCAAGUUGUGACCAUUUUAGUCGCCAUGGCACCUAAAAUUUUGGAAUUGGUGAGUUGAUUUGGAGAAUAGUCGCCAACCUGGCGACCGUGAAGAAUAGGUUCAUGUUGUGGCGUAUAGAAACAGUUCUGGUAAUCACUUCUACUGAAAUAUGAAGAACAUUUAUUCUAGCUGAUUUGAAUUCCAUUACUUUUUUACUUUUCCAUUGAAAAACAUGCCAAAUUGAAAACUUAAAAAGUCUCAGAGCUAAGCGUUUUGAAAAUGAACAUCAAUGAAACUUGACUUGCAUUCGUUCGCCUAAUCACCUUCAGUCUGUUGCCUUGCACGUGACAUUUUAACUUUUGACACGUGACAAAUGGCACGCAAUCAAAGUGCCUUGCUUGUCGACAGUGAUGAUUUCUUCGAUAUCUUAGGAAUGCUUGUCUAGCCAAGUUCGGUGGUUUUUUAACUGGACUACAUAUUAUAAAUAUUUUUGAAUCAAUACUGAGACAAUCUAAUAACAUGGAGAGGGAAAGCUAAUUGGUGCAAAUUCAACACAGAACAUUAUGUAAUAACAGUAACAUGUGAACCGUGCUGCGAGUUGAAUCGCGGUUUUGUAAACAAAAGCGAUAAUUGUAAGCAAAACUAAACAUGGCAAAAUUGACAGCUUAUGGUUGUUGCGAAAAUGUUUAAACACCUGUAGCGAUGAUAAAGGAAAAAGAAAAUUUAUUAUUUCGUAAGCGGCAUUUUUGUUUGGGUUCCUUUCAAUUUAUUGGGAAAAACAUUUUUUCCCAGUACAAGUUGUUGCUAAAUUUUCACGUGCGCGAUGUUACCUCUAUAAAGCAAUGAUUUGAUUUAGAAAACUUGUUGAUCUUCCUAUACUCUCCUGCCUUUGUCAGGCUUUCACAAUGUCUAGUGAUAUUAAAAAUGACCUUUUAAACCUCCAAUAAUAUUUGUUAGUUGGGGAAACAAGUUCAUCAUCAACAAAAGUCGCAAAAGAAAUGCGAAACAAAUAUCAGAAAAAAAAAAUAGGUCGCCUAUCAACUUGCGACUGGGAAAUUUUGAACACAUUAACAGAGGAUGAGUUAAGUUCUGCUCUCAUAUACCAACUGGGGAUUAUACAGAAGGAUUGAAGGCCCUAGAGACAACUGGAAAUGGUAAUUGUCUUUACAAUUCUGUUUCAGUAUUGAUUCAAGGAGAUGAAUCUACAAACCUUAUUCUCAGACUAUCAGUAACUAAUGCCUUGCACAGUAAACAAGUAAUUUAUAGACAGUGCUGCAUUUUAAGUUAAACGUGCUAACUGCCUUUGUUAAUGACAAUUUUGAUAUAUUAAUUUAUUAAUAUAAUUUGGCACCUAAAAAUUUCCCCUGCUGACUAAACCCAAAGAGCUGAUCGCCAAAUGGCCACUGAACAAAAAUUUUAACUUUGAGGGUUGAACAGUGAACAGUGGUAGGGAAUUGUAGCAAUAGGGCCCGGAAAAGUUGUUGUGGCUUUGGUACUGUAAAGUUCCCAUAGUAGGGACAGGUAAGGACAAAAUAUGGGGUAGGCCAUGGCUCACCCCAUGGUGUAGGCCAUGGUGUCCGGACGAGUUGUACUAGCUUGCCCCUCAGUUCUAUUCUUCGACCUUUAAGAAAACUUAGUCUCAUACUUUUUGGGGACUCGCUAUUUACAGGUGCUUGCUAGUUUUGGGAUUUAUUAGAAGUCAGAAACUUUUGACGAACGUUACUUUUGGGGGGUCGCUACUAUGGGAACUUUACAGAGGCAACAAACAUUUUCUUGAUGAAUGUGUGACCAUAGAUGUUAAUAAAGUUGCUCACUCAGAAUGUUGCUACAUGUAUGUUUUCACAAGCAGCUACUUUUAGUUUAAAAGCAAUUGACCAACGAUCAUCCAAAUAAAUAAUCCAACUUUGUUAAAGAAAAACAAAGUGACGACCAAACUUUGGCAAAUUCCCAUUAACUGCUUUAACUUGCACAUCAACAUCCAUAUAUUUUACCCAAGAAUAAAUAGUGAGCAUUUUCAACAACAUUAAAGGGGCAACAAACAGAAAGUAGCCAGAUCACACAUUUGGUGAGCAGAGUUCCAUGCCGGUGAAAAGAGAAUACAGUCUUCUCUCUUUUAUUUGCUUUACUGGCUCACACGUAACUUGCUUGACUGCAUGACAAUACUGAGGGACUGUUAUUAAUCUGAUGAAAAUAAGUAACUGUACAUUGUUAACUUGACAAGUAAAAAAUAUGCUCUAAUGUGGUUCUUGGAAAUUUAUGAUUAAUAGAUGAUGAUAGUCAUGCCAGCAAUUACUUUUUUCCAGCACAUCUGAAUGACACUAUUGUCAUCCUGUCACUGGUUUAUCUUGCUGGUGCAUUAGCUGCAUGUAUGAGGGCAUGGUUGUUUACACUUGCAGGGCAACGUCUUGUGGCUCGCAUCAGAAAACAGGUAAGUAUGCCAACUAUAAUUAUGUGAUGAUAACUUAAAGUUAACAAGUUGGUGCUUAUUUGUUUGCACAAGAAUGAAACUUAUUAAGUAAUGAUCCGGGUAAGGUGGAUAGCAAUUUCUUUUGUUAUGCGGGGACGGUGCUUUCCCCACAUAGGAAUGUUCUCAUUUUUACACAGAGAAUGCAUAAACCUACAUGAAGGCUGUUUACGCAAUAAACUGCAUUUACACUCCACUUUGAAAGGGUGUUUUUUUGUGUUAAAAGAUUUUGACCAAUCACAAGAGUUGAAAACAAUAGCCAAGAAAAGUUUACAAUUUUACAUGUUCCCCACAUAGGAUUUCUUUGUUAUUCAAACUGAGACCAGAUUUUGUUAUAUCAAAGAUGGUUGGAAAGUAAGGAUGAAUAUAUGUACUGCUUUAUGAAGUUUUGUUAACUUUUGCUGUUUAAGCCAAUUAGAAGUAAGUACAGACAAUAGAAAAGUUAGCACCUUUUUUGCAUUCCAACAUGUUUGUUGUCGUUCAGUGCUAUCGUUCUUAUCUGGUCCACUGAUCAAUUUCUUAAUGCUCCAGCAUAAAGAAGGAGGAGGAAAGAGGUGCUAAAACAAAACAAAAAAUAGGCAGAACGAGUCAUCUGUGUGUUGGCCUUUACUAAUCAAAGUUACUUUUACUUUUACUACUGUAGGUUUGAAGUACAAAGUUCUGUUCUUUUCAGAUGACUUUAAUGUACUUGCUUUUGUCUUACUUAGCUGUUCAACUCUAUUAUACGUCAAGAAGUGGCAUUUUUUGACAAUAAUCGGUAAGAACCAACCUUGCUUAGCAAAACUCAAUCUGUGCAUCUAGUAUUUGAUCAGUUACUCUUUAAAGGGUGAAGGGAAAGGAUUGCUGCUCUUGAUCUAUCAUAUUGAUGCACUUCUAAAGCCUCUAUUUUUUAUUGAUGUUGAUGAUUCCAAGUCACUUAACGUAUCAGUCAGUAUAAUUAAAACAGGGACUGCAGACUGCGGACCAUGGACUCCAGACUGGGUAUAAAGCAUGGACUAGGCAUAAAAUAAGGACUAGAAACUACAGACUGAGCUUAAGACGGGGAAUAUGGACUGUAUAUAUAAAAACAGCUUUGGAACGGUAAAACUGAGAUAAACUGAUAGUGGACUUGCAUAAAAUGGUAGUCCUAGCUCUUUUCCUCACACACAAACAUUCCUUUGGCUUGUCAUGCAGUCUAUUCUCCCCAACAUCAGUGUCAUGUGGAGAAGGAAAACAUAUUGCACGGGCAAGGAGGAGUUCUAAAGAAGAGAAUUCAAUUUAUAGUUUUAAACCAAUUAUAGAAGAUUCGAAAUUGAGAGGCACUGAAUACAAAAAUAAUAUUGGUGUUAGUGAGAGUGAAAUUCUUAUAGAUGCCACAAUUCCAUUCAAAGCCUUGGGGAUAUGAGAAAAUGAUGAACCCAGAUGAGAAGGUUUGAUGCAAAAAAGCUGUAUUUAGGGGGAAAGGAUUACUUACCUAUACAUGAAUAAUAACCAUAAUAAAUAUGCCAUCCAACUUUAUAUUCUUUAAGUAAUGAUGACAUGAUUUACACCUAUGUAACAAUAUAACAUGAACAUUGUGUUUGUGACCCCUGUCAUGGAUGUUAGAGACCAGGUAUAAAAGUGGGUGUAGAAAGUAGCAUUUUGGUCAGACUCAGGAUUUGGAGGGCUGCUGGGCGGCAGACCUAGCCUCCACCAAGAAAGUCUAGGAGUACAUUUAUAACUUAAAUUCACAUGUUUACAUAUCCUGACUAGUUCAAUCGAUAAAAAUUGAUAUUGGAAAACUGUUUGAUAAAUCGAUAACUAUCGAUAAUUCAAAUUUAAACGUUAUCAAUUUUAUUGAUCAAGGGAAUAGAAAUCGAUACUCACAACCAUCGUUGCUCUUUUAAGGUAUUGAUUUUAUCGAUUUAUAGAUUUUAUCAUUGUCAUUAAGGACCGUGUAUAGUUGACAAUUGUAACAGCAAAAUACUGGUUCUCCCGAGACAGCGUUUAAAAAGCAAGCUGUGUUUUUGCCGAUGCGUUUAAUAAGGGCUUACAUCUGUUCUAUCUGGGCGUCUUAAGACGUUGCUCGCUCAUAACCCAGAAUUGUACAUCCACUGUACUACCCUUGUACAAUGUUUCAACGAUGUUUAACUUGAGUAGUUUCUAAGUAAAAUGCAAGAAGAAGUUGUUACGUUUUGUUUCUCCGCUGAAUCAUGUUAAGAUUAAUACCGGUCAUGUUAUGUAUUUGUUCAAUAUUUGAUUUGUGAAAUAAAUCUUUAAACUUAUCCUACAAGAGUAAUUUUUUGUUAGACUGGUUUUCGGGAAGUUCUGAUGCUUCACUGCCUUAAAUAUGUGGAAACUUAUUGCACGGAUAAAUUUGAUAAGUUUGAUAAAAUCAAUAACAAUAAUUUUAAAAUCGAUAAUCAUCGAUCACUCACAACGUAUCCCUUUAUCGAUUUUUAUUGAUGUCUGAUAAUAUUAACUAAUUUUUAUCGAUUUUAUCAAUUGUUAUCAAUUAUCAGUUUUAUCGAUUGAACUAGUCGGGUUACAUAUUUAAAGAUCUUUUGAUCUUACCUUUCCUUACCUAGAACCUAUUAGCACAGUUUUUACCAAGGUAUUCCAUAGUCCGCAUUUUAUACCUAGUCUGUGUUUUAUACCCACCCGCAUUUCAUGGUCUGCAGUCUGUGGUCAGUGUUUCCUGAUACUGACUGCUCAAUGUAUGUAAAUUUUCUGAAGCUGAUUCAUCAGGCUGAGACAAUAAGGGAGUUACUUUCAAUAUUCCUCACCAUGUUAUGCAAAGUUUUUUGCAUUUACAGAGAAAAUUUGUUUCAGUGUUUCAACUUGUCAUGCGCGAGGUCUUUUGGGAAAGUAGAGUUUGAAAGCCUUUGUCUUUCAAAGCAAGCAAUUUAGCAAUCUGAAAGAAACUUGGCCACAAUCCCCCCCAAAAAACAAGAAAUGCAACAUACAUGUAAUGUAUAAACUGUAAUAAAUAUUGUAUGUUAUUAAUUUAUUGGUUUCUUAACUCUUUUCUGAUGAAGCCACUCAGCGUGGUACACUGAAAUAUGUCCCAGAGCCGUUCACCUGGUCAGCGUUAAAAUUGUGGGGAGCGGUUGUCUUUCAUGACGUACUUUCUGAAAAGAACGUUUUCUGUGCAUGAAUUUGCUUUUUAUUUCAUGAAAAAUGACAAAAUAUUGCCAGAAAUAUUGGUUUUUUUCUCAUAUUCCUUCGAACACACCCCAAACUUUGUAAAGGACUUGUAUGGCAGAAUUUCAAGGAAAAUACGCCAGAAGGUGAGCCUUCGUUUAGUGCUCUCUCACUUGUGCUCUGUUCGAGCCAUAUUUUUACAGAUUUUUAGCAUCAACAACCUUUGUGGAAACAGAAAUCUGUACUUUUUAUUUAAUUUGAGGGCUCAUGUGGACAAUUUUGUAGAAAACACUGUUUCAAAUGAUUUAUGUCGAAUUUUGACCAUCAGAAAAGAGUUAAAACUGCCAUAGUUGCUCCUAGUACAAGAUCAGAUUUGUAAUUGGAUUUAAUAUUUGUCCUACUACUCUAUCUUUUUCUAGUACUGGGGAGCUUAUUAACAGACUGUCAUCAGAUACUCAAGUUAUCCAGAAUGCAUUAACAGUAAGUGAUGAAUCAUAGUAGAGGAGACUGGUUUUGAAAGACAGAAAAUGUCAAAGAUUAAAACUACGAAGCUGCAAUUUAUGUUAGGAAUUUCUUGAUGGUGUUGAAUAUUGCUUUUUUUUGGUCAGUAAGAUCAAAAAAGGAUAAGAUUGCCCAGUGAAUGUUGUGCACGGUGCAUUAAGCCCAGAAAAACAGGCAGGUACAAAAGUCGGACCAGAUCAACUUGGACCGCCAGUCCGGGUCUGAUCAACUCGGAUCCAUUCGGACCAACUCGGAUCUAAUAAAAAAAUAAAAAUAAAAUAAAAUUGGACUCGGAUCAACUCAACAACAACAACUCGGAUUAUAAAAAGAAAAAUAAAAUCAGUCGGUAUCACUUAACUUUCACCCGCCAUUUUGUUUUUUUCUCACAAACUCGUGGUUGCGUAAAUUGAUUUUAUUUUUAUUUUUAUUAAUUUUAAUGAUACACUAGUGAGCAGCACACAUACACUUCCAGUGAACAUUUUCAACUUGGAAGGAGGAGAAAUCAUGCUCGCCCAGGACAACAAAAACUUUCGUACCCCGGGCGAGAAUUGAACUCACGACGCUCCGAAUACCACAUGUUUAUCAGACGCUCCAACCACUGAACCGGAGGGUUGCAAUUUUGAUUCUUGCCCGGGGCAUGGAAAUUUCCUGUCCGGGGCGAGCAUGGUUUCUCCUGCUUCCAAGUUGAAAAUGUUCACUGGAAAUGUAUGUGCGCUGCUCACUAGUGUAUCAUUAAAAUUAAGUUUCAGAAGUCCUACAGAAAAAACAAACAAACACUCUUCGGUAACUAUCUAAAUACGAUUAACUGACCAGGCUUUUGAUGCUUUUCUCAUAAAUAAUUCAGUACACUUAUUAAUCAAAAAUUAUGCGCAUAACUUAUGACCACGCUUACCUCAACUUCUUUGCUUUGUGACAAAAAGCUGCAAUAAAAUAAAAAGAAUUAGCAAAUAUAUAUUCUAGGCGACUGGAAUUAUCAUUUUCUUGGAAUGAAGCAAAUUCAUUGAGAAAGAUGGUUGAGAUUUUACCUUCCUCGAGGUCAUCCAUAUCUGUGAAGGAGAGCGCGUCGUGUAACGCAACCACAACCACGAGUUUAUAACAUGAUCCGAGAGGAACUGGCACUGGUAAAGCAAAAUGGCGCCUGAAAGCCACGGAGAAAAAAGGAUGAUCUGGCCUUUUUUACCCUCCAAAUGGGUAAAACUUUCAGUUUUGCUGAUUAAUUUAAUUGUUUUGAUUGCUCCGAGUUGAUCCGAGUCCAAUUUUAUUUUAUUUUUAUUUUUUUAUUCAAUCCGAGUUGGUCCAAGUCGAUCCGAGUUGAUCCGACCAGGACUGGCGGUCCGAGUUGAUCCGGUCCAACUUUUGUACCUGCCUUAGAAAAACAUGUACAUAAACAUGACAAAGGAGUCUGAAAGUCUUCAUGACAUUAUUAUUCAUUUGUACUUAACUGUGGUGUUCCUUUUCUCUUGUAAAAACGAAUGAAAUAAUGGAGAAAGUUUGAUAUUCAGGUCUUGAACAACAGCACAAAAUGAACCAUGUGCCACUGCACAUGUGCAACCCCUGCCCUAAAAUAUAAAAGGUCUGGAACCUAAUAUAUUACAGAAAGUGAGGUUGACGGUUUUAAGCACACACUAGGUUUCAUCAGCAUUCAACCAUUGGCAAAGAGUAAAUGACUUAUAAUUAGACCAAUCAAUGCAAGCACUUAAAUGUGUUAUAUGUUAUAAUGUGAUUUCUUCAUUUUUUACAGGUGAAUAUAUCAAUGUUGCUGCGUUACAUCAUUCAGAUCAUUGGUUCUCUUGUGUUUAUGUUUACCCUCAGUCCCAAGUUAACGGGAGUUCUUAUCUCUGUUGUACCAAUUGUUGGAGUAGGAGCUCAGCAGUAUGGUGUGUUUAAUUGUCUGCUUGUAUGAAUGGUGUAGCAAUAAAAAAGAUUAGCUCUUAGCACUAAAUGAAAGUCCUACCAAAAGGUUUAUGUUUAGAUUAACAUAUUUUCAGAAAUUGUGUCAAGCAAGACGGCAACAACUUACAUUUUUCAAUCAGGCGUGAGAAAUUGGCCCGCAAGCGUGAGCCGGCGUGAGAUCGAAGUUUUCAACCCGCAGGCGUGAGACUCACGCCUAAGGCGUGAGAGUUGGCAGGUAUAUUAGAGAUCCAAAUUAAAGUGAGAGAUGUCAAAGUCUCAGCGUGCAAAAUCUCACCAAGAAACCUCCUCCCUAUACCGCAGAGAAAAAUCUGUGAAGCCACUGACAUUGUGAAAAUGUUUGUUUUAUUUUUAUUUUAUUAGCUUCGGCAAAAAAAAAACAAACAAACAAACAGAAAGAAAGAAUGUUGGGAGGGACACCGCAACAGCUGUCGCUAGUUACAGCGGGCCCGGAUACUAAUAAAAGAAAUAAAAACAAGAAAUAUUAAAAAACGCGGCGAUACAAGAAAAAGUACAGCUAUGUACAACAAGUUAUUGGACGAGACAAGGGACGAUAACUAUUACAUUUUAAACAGAUAGACUUGAACAAACGUGGGUCUUUACAAUCAUAGGAAACAGCUAACGUGGACUUAUAAUAAUUGAAAAUAAUCGAUUUAAAGGAAGCUAAGGUCGAUGGGCUCAAAUCUAGUUCAUCCUCUAAACAAUUCCAAAUUCUACUAGUUCUAAUGCGAAAGGAUUUCUGGGAAGCUCUAGAGAUUUUUGGCAACCAUAUGUCAACGUCCUUAACCCAUUCGCCCCUGAACCGCCUGUAACCGCCCAUGUGGAUCCGCGUCCUUUCUACCCUUUGUGGCGUCAUCAGUUUUAACGGUCAAGGACAACUUUGUCUGCUAACUUGUGCAGAGUACCAGAAUGAGCACAAUUCAGUCAAGGACACCGGAGAAAGAAGCAAAAAACCAUGUGACAUUGACCUGAAAAUCUCCAUGAAAAUCUUGUUCCAUUGCUCACCUAGCUUUCCUGUCACCUAAUCCUAAGAUCCUAAAAGCUUUCCUAAAAACUCUUCCCACCAAACGAAGCCUACAAAAUGCCCAGCAAGAGAAAAAAAAAAACGAGGCAAGAAAAGCGAAAAAAGAGGGGAGGAGAGAAAGCGAAAAGUAAAAGUCAAGACUGCUGUGUCACUUUUAAACCCAAAACUAUCUCGAAAUUUUACUUUCUGUGCAUGCCCGAACUUCGCAAGCUGAUAUUUUGCAUCUGGAUCAGAAGGCCGCGAAGUGUACGACCUGUAAACUGGUUUGUGGUAAUUUUUAGCUCUUUAUAGCACGACAGUGACCAGAAAACCACUCGACUAGCUUCAAAACGCGUUUUUCGGCAAAAUUUCCAGGAGCGAAUGGGUUAAGAUUUUGCCUAAAAUCUGGCUGCCUCUGAAUGUAUUUCUUUCGAGUAAAAAAUCAGUUUUGUUAUGAUAGCCCAGAAAUCCCACUAGCUGCUAUCAUGCAUUACAGUUAAAUGAAGUGAAUUCUGAUUGUUACAUUGUUUUGGGUAGGACGAUUUGUUCAGGGAUUACGAAAGAAAUUUCAGGAUGAGCUAGCAGCGGCAUCAACAACAGCUGAGGAGUCAAUCGGCAAUAUACGAACUGUACGGGCAUUCUCUCAGGAACGUAAAUCCAUGAAUAAUUAUGAAAAAGAGAUUAAUAAGAGCUACAAGGUUGGGGCAAAACUGGCUCUUGCAUCAGGUAUGUACUAAAUAUUAGCAUUUUUACAGUUAUUACAUCUUUAAAGGAUUUUUUGACAAAACCACCUGUAACUGUUUCAAGGUCAGUUCAUGUAUGACCCCAUGAAAAUCCUGAGAAUGGGGUCAUACAUGACCUGUUUCAAGCAUCCAAAGAAAAAUUACGGUAAAAGCCCACAUUUAAGAGCCUAGAAUUUUCGAGGUCAGGGUGAACAGGUUCUUAUAUUAUAGGGUAGAUUUUCACAAUUCAGUUUGAUUAGGCUCUUAUUUUUCAGAGGUUGUCGUAGUGUAACCAUUAGCAGAAAUAUUGUACUGAUUUCUAAUACAUGAUGGUUUAUGGAAAACAGAUUUCUAGUAAAUCAGUAAAAAUCAAAAAUCUUAACAAACAGAGGUGAUUAAUCAACCAUCAAAAUUGGAGUGAUUUGUUUGUAUAGGAACCUAUUUUUCUUUUCUAGCCUGAACAGGUUCUUAUAUUUUUUAAUAUUUAAAAUGCCAAGUUGCAGCCUGUUUGUAGGGUCUUAAAUCACUAGCUUCUUAUAUGUGGGCUUUUACUGUAUGGUAUUGAAGAUUGGUUAACUUCAAAUUGAAUGAGUUUUUCAAACAUAAAUAGCUAGAGUGAUAACAGUCAUUUUUCUUAAGUUUCCUUCACUUUUUGAGGGUUUUUGUAAUUAUUUUUGUUUCUGCACAGGGUUAUUUCAAGGUGUUGUUGGCAUUAUAGGUCAGGUAUGUAGCAAUAGUAUUUUAUUUAUUUACCAGCUUUUCUGGACACAGGCCGGCCCAGUGGGAAUGUGCACGAGCGAGACUCAGGUCACAUGCAAGGUGCCAUCCCUACCCAAUCCCACGUUCCGUAAAGGUUGGCCAGACCAGUGAAGUCUGCGACCACUACUCUUUUCGAAUAGUGAUGUGGGUUCUUUCACAUCCCACAAGAACAAAUCAGUGAAAGUGCUGUUAGACAAGACGUACAGUUUUUUGUCCUCAUCCGAGAAGACUAGAAAGUCUAACCAUUUUGCAGAUGUCAUUACAAAGUCAGCAUUUUCUUCUCAGUUAUUUCAAGACCCUGAGUGUAGGUCUGACUGGGGUUUGAACCACUGACCUCCCACUCGGCAUAGUGACGCUCUCCCAACUGAGCUAACCAGGCGGCGGUUUUUUAUUACUCUUAUCUAAGUCUAUGUUUUAUGCCUAUUUUUAUUGUAUCAGUCUAGCUACUAUUUUCAUUUUACUUAUUUCUUUGUGACUGGGACGACUAGGCAUCAUAAGCCAUCUGGGCCAAGAUGUUCAAAGCUGGGUUAAGAUAACCAGGGUUCGUGCAAGAUUUGAAUUCAGAUUUGAAAACUUUAAAAGCAUUUCCGCUUGAAUUCUUUUUGUCUACGAGUUGAUGAUUGGAAGCUCUAAAAACAACAGAGAAAAUUAUCCAAGAAAAUGCUUUUGAAGAAAAGUAAAAGAAACGCGGGUUAAACCCUAAUCGGCCCUCAAACAACUGGGCCCUGGUUUUAAAUUUAACCUGGGUUUAUUUUUCUUUUGUUCAAAAGCAUUUUCUGGGAUAAUUUUCUCUGUUAUUUUCAGAUCAGCAUGUAGACAAAAAGAAUUAAAACUGCAAUGCUUUGUAAGCUUUCAAAUCUGAAUUCAACUAUCACACUAACCCUGGGUUAUUUUAAGCCAGCGUUGAACAACUCAGCCCCGUAGCAGCUUUCACAAGCCAAAUGUGAUGGUGCUGUUUCAUGAGGUGUGAGAUCGUGCGUUGGAGUGGUUUGAGCUUAAAACCUGAAAUAUUUACAAAGAAAAGCACUAGAGAAGCUGGUAAUUGGUGAGAAAGUUUUUGUAAUUCGACCUUGACUGCAUCUUGAUUAUCAAUUAUUUCCUUGUCUUCACCAAUUGUUGUUGACAGCUAUUGUGAAAGAGAUGACUGUCAAGUCCAUUUUUGUUGUCAGUAGUUUCACAUCUAACUUUGCUAUUGCACGAUCAAUGGGCAUUCCUUAAAUCAGUAAGUUUUGCUGCCAAGUUUAUUUGAAGAAAGUGAUGAAGAGGCAAACACAACAUGUGCUUGGUGUCUGAUAACAUUUCCUAUUUUCUGCAUUAGUAGUGAAUGAUGCAUAAGUUAAAUUUUGAAUUUAUGUCACAGGCAUGAUUGGUUCUCAUGGUAUCCAUGCAGGACCGUACCCAAGUAAGAGAGCAGUGGAAAGGCAGCCUACGAUCAAAUAAAAUCCUACCAACCCUUUCUCUCCAUCGGCUACUUCUUCUUCCCUUUCCAUGUUCUUGUAGAUUUUCCUCAUUUGCCACACACAACAUGCGGUAAUUGUGAAGAAGACCUCCCCAAAAAACCUGUCGGUGGACUGUCGGUCAACUGUCGGCCGUCUGUCGACCCACAGUCGGCCGACAGUCGGCCGACAGCCCACCGACAGUCGGGCGACAGUUGGUAAUGUGUCGGUAAGAUGUCUGUAACCUGUCGGUAGCUUGUUGGUGAAACGUUAUGACAAACUUGAAUGUUUUCUCUUGGUUUUCGCUUCAUAAACAUCCAAAAUGUGUAAUACAUUGACAAGAAUAGCCUUUUCUUCUUAGUUUUGGUAAUCGCCGCUCAAGACUAGCGCCACGGAAGCGAAACUAACCAGUGAAUUUACGCAAUUGCAGCUUCGAAUUUUCUUUCCGCCAUGUUGGAAAGGUAAACUAUAUCCCAGUCCCUCUCGAAUUUAUCUGAGAGUCAAGUCUUGAACGGGUAUUUAUACGUAUUUUUUUUUAUUCAUUGCCAGUCAUUUACUUUUGUUUUUAUUUGAGAGUUUGAGGAAUUGGGACUGUACUGUAUUUCAUUAUUUAUUUUAACUUUAUUGUUGGUCAUUGACUUUCAUAGUGUUGGUGGCUCCUAAAGGAGCCGUUUUGUGUGAGGUGAAAUAUGCCAGAUACUUCACUCGUAGAAGCGCGGAUCAAACUUUAAUGGCGCUCGCUAGGCAUUGUCGGGCGAUUUGUACGUGAAGCCAAGCAACACGACUGAGAAGCUUCCAAAGUAGCUUUCUUGUAGGAUUUCAGAGAUUGGGAUUAAAUCACCUCUAAAUCUGAUUUCAUUGAUUGCCUUGUCGUCUUUCGCGAAUAAUAUAUCCGUUUCGCAUUUCAAAAGCUUUCUAUAAACAUGUCGGAAGAAAUCGUUUUACCAUCGAUCGGUAAGUAAGUGAUGUCUAUCGAGAUUAUUAUCGUUUCUAUGUCAUGUUUAAUGCGUGUUUUCUCAACAAUUUUCUUCUUUGGGAAACUGUCGGUAGCCUGUCGGUUAGCUGUCGGUAGCCUGUCGGUAAACUGUCGGUAAUGUGUCGACCGACAGGUUUUUUGGGGAGCUCUUCUUCACAAUUACCCAACAUGCUUGCAAUCCUGACAGACGUCUAGCAGUCUAUUGUGCCUCUGUUUACUGACACUUCACAAGUGGUCAGUUAAGUGAUGUUGUAUUAUAUAAUCAAUGGUUGAUGUGGCUGGUUUACUUCAGGGUGCUGUUGUGUUAGUACUGUGGUAUGGAGGCAGUCUGGUAAAUAAACAAGAGCUUGAUGUUGGUAUCCUUACAGGUAACUGUAGUUUUGAGAUUAUUCUUGUUAUCAGCUUUGUAAAAAUCACAGAUGAAUUUUAAAGUACUGAUUUCAUGUCAAUUUAGGUAACUGUCUCAUUUCUGUUUUCUUCUCUUUUUUUAGCUUUUAUGUUGUACACACUUAAUGUGGCCAUGGCUUUUGCCUUCUUAUCGUCUCUGUAUGGUGACUUCAUGCAGGUAAAAUAGAGCAUUUCACGACACAAAAUUUAUUCACCAUUUUCACCCCUCCCAUAAUACAUCCCCCCCCCCCCAAAAAAAAAAAUGCAUAAGCCUUCUCUUUUAUUUCUCUUGGGAUGGCCAUAAUACCCAGGAAAAAUUAGCAAAGGUUAUGCAAAGUUUUGGGGGCAAAUAAGAUGUAUUAUGGGAGAGGUGCAAAUAGUAAAGUAUGACUGCAGAAAAUAAUCUUAAUAAAGAUAAUCUGAUGGCCGUGUGUUUGGCUCAUUCAAAUAUGAUUUUCUUCUUUGCAAUCAUAUCAUGUGUUACUUUGCAAAAUGCAGUAAAAUUCAGGGAAGUUCAUCGUUCUUUCACUUCACUUAACCUAUUCACCCCUGAACCACCCGUAACUGUCCAGGCAGAUUGAUAUCCCUUUUACUGCCAUUGAAGUCAUCAUUUUUAUGGUCAUAGGCAACUUUGACAUCUAACUUAUGCAGGGGAAAGAGAACUUCAAACUAUCCCCAAAUGAGCACUAUUCAGUUGAAAAUGCUGGAGAAAAAAUGCUAAACGAAAAACAACUGAAAAGUAACCUGAAGGGAGAGAAAGCAAAGGGUAAAAGUAAAGAGUUCAACAUCACUUUUAAGUGCUCUUGAAACUUAUAAAACAAAGUUUUUUUUUCUUUUUGGCUGAAUAUUGACCAGAAAAUAGCUUGACCUGCUGCUAAAGGUAACAACAUUCCUAGUACUGAUGGGCUAAAUCAACAAAAUGACCAAAAGAUGGAUACAGACACCAUGUGAUUGAAGCUUGUGACAACUUUUGACCUUGAUAAGAUGUAUAAGCUCUAUAAGAACCAGUUUUUGGCAAACACCUCACAUUAAGGUCUCGGUAAAGGAAAACGAGGUGCCCAAAGAAAAAAAUUCUAGUCGCGCGAGUAUUUUCGCUACAAAGGCAAGUUAUAUAUCAAAUUAAAGCUAAAAGACUAAAUUACCUUAUAAUUUGGUUAAAUGUAAUUUAACUAAGUUAACCACCACGAGCUUAGCGGUCAAGCGGUUCACAAGCGUAGCGGUCAAGCAAUUCACAAGCAUAGCGGUCAAGCGGUUCACAAGCUUAGCAGUUGAGCGGUCCACAAGUUAAGCGGUCUAGCGGUCCACAAGCUUAGCGGUCAAGCGGUCUACAAGCUUAGUGGUCAAGCGGCCCACGAGCGUAGCGGGCAUCCAGCGGUCAAUCCCAUAAGUGCAGGCUCACAUGGUGUGUGGUAGCUUUGUACAUGGCUAGGAUCUGCGAGUUGUUCAUCGAGCGUUUGUGCAGUGGUCUGUGGAGCGGUUCAUUUAGGGUCUUCCCCCCCUCCCAUCCCUAUUUUUCUUCCUUCCACUGUUUGAUCAGUGUGAUGGGUGCCUGGAAUGGGGGCUCAUGGCUGGGUUGCGGGGAUUUGCCAGCCAUGGGGGCAGUUUUUCUAUCUAGGGGCUGGCUGGCCACAGUGGAAGCCCCUGGGUAUCCCAGGCACCCACCUUCCACUUAAGCGAGGCAGUUGGUUAAAAAGAUUUUAUUUCAUCGAAUUUCAAAAGGGACUUAAGUAUUUUGCUCUCGAACUCAGAGGUAUCGAGUUUACUGCUGAAGCUCCAGCCCUUUCGCGUUGUUAAAUAUUCACUUCCUUUUUAUUGCAUCUGAUUGACAGAUAUUUCCCUUUGUAACUCAUUUUAUGUCAGUUUCUUUGCGUAAAUCGCGCCGAGAUUCCACUUUUUAGUUUGAAAUGCAAUAAUUCCGCUUAAUACGAGACAUAUGCAAAUUUCCUCACACCCUUUUUUAGGUCUUUUAUCUGUCAAUCAGAUGCAAUAAAAAAAGGAAGUGAAUAUUUAACAACGCCAAAGGGCUGGAGCUUCAGCAGUAAAAUCGAUACCUCUGAGUUCGAGAGCAAAAAAACUUAAGCGCCUUUUUGAAAUUCGAUGAAAUAAAAUCUUUAUAAGGUAAUUUAGUCUUUUAGCUUUAAUUUGAUAUAUAACUUGCCUUUGUAGCGAAAAAUACUCAAGACUAGAAUUUUUUUUUUCUGUGGGCACCUCGUUUUCCUUUACCGAGACCUUAAGCAGACCUAAAUAAUAUUAAAAACUAGCUAAUAAGCACAGCCUCUUAAUUACACAAAUCUUAUUUCACGGAGCCAUGUGCUUCAUUAUAAUAUCUUUUUUUAGGCAGUAGGUGCUUCAGUACGUAUGUUUGAGCUGAUGGAUCGUUUACCAGCCAUCAACAUGGAAGGAGGACGAACAUUGUCAUCAAUCAGUGAGAGUAAGUGAUCAUGGAUGAUUGUAUUAUUCAUGAAAAGUAGAAGCUGAACAACAGCAAGAGGUCAUGACUGAACUCCACAGAUCGACUGCAGAAGCUCAAAGUGUAUUUUCUUGUGGAGUAUCUUCUGAGUAUAGUGGGUGCAGGUGUUAAAAUGGACGGAGCCUUUUAGCUUUUUUGUCUACACUCUUUUCUGGCAGCAGAUCCCAAUAUACCCUAUUGCUCCUCUGAAGAGGGAAGAGAUGCUCAUUGUUAGCACAGGGUGUUGUAUUUUCCAAGAAGGGCUUGAAAUCUGCUAACCAGUUUUCUGUACCUGGAAAAAGCCAACAUUAUUUUAGCUCAAUAAUUGUUUUGAUUUCCAAAUAUGGAGCAGUAGUCAAAUCUUGUGGCCAAAACAUUCAUUUGCAGCAUGAGAAGUAUCAGAACUCUCUUACUAGUCUGGUACCUUCAUUCAUUAACCCAUUCAUCCCUGGAAAUUUUGGUGAUAAAUUUCUUUUGACGCUAGGCAAGCGGUUGUCUGGUCACUGUUGUGCUAUAAAGAGCUACAACUUACUGUAAAGCCAUUUACAUGUCGUACACUUUGCGACCUUCUGAUCUUGAUGCAAAUUAUUAGCUUGCGAAGUUCAGCCAUGCACAGAAAGCAAAAAUUAGAAAAUUCACCCACACGUCAGGGGUGAAUGGGUUAAGGUUUUAAACAAUCACUUAUUAUGUAACCUUGAGCCCAGAAAAAGCCUUGAAAUUUGCUUCCACAAUUCUGUACAAGCUUUAAUUAGAUACUGAACAAAUUAAUUCUUUUUGCUCAUAAAUAAUAAAAUUAAGUAUUCCUUUAAUAUAAUAAUUAGUUUUAUCCUGAUGCUAAUUUCUUAACUUUCGUAAACUUUUUACAGCUGUGCAAUUUCAAGAUGUGUGUUUUGCCUACCCAUCUCGACCAGAAAAUUUUGUGCUUAAGGUAAAAUUUGUGUGAAUGUUAGUUCAAAUUGAUAAUUAUCCCAGUCAGGUAAGGUUCUUGUAGCCUGAUGUACAGUGUUACUUCUAUGUUAAAGGGAUUGUCAUUUGAGCUUAUGCCUGGACAAACUGUUGCAUUAGUUGGUCCCUCUGGAGGUGGCAAGUCUACAAUCAUCAGCUUACUGGAGAGAUUCUAUGAUCCACAGUCAGGCUUCAUCUGUUUAGGUAAGUCACAAUAUUAAUAUUCAACUACUUUGACUGUUAGGUAAGCCCUGUUAGUAAUAGAGAGAAGUGCUUAUUGCCCCACCUGCAGUACCCAAACCUGUAAUCUUAAUGAAUAAAUUUUCAUAGAAGACUUGUCUGCAAAGGAUUUGAGCACGCACAGUACAGCACAGUUAAAAUCUUCCAGACUGUAAACCUGUUACCAUGGAGUUGCACUAGCAACUGCACAUGCAACCAACCAGUGCAACAAAACCAUUCCUAUCUUUUGCAGACCUCUUUACCUGCUCAUUUAAUUAGUGACA